AUGCCGCCUCCCAGGCUACUCUCCCACGUCCUACCACUCUUCCGGUACAACAGGAGUACCUUACAGCAACAGAUCCGCCAUCAAUCUACCAAGCCUUCGGCAGAAGCCACGAAACACUCACGUAUCUCGCGUCUCGAAGCCCGUCUCCCACGUUUCCUAGGCCGGUAUGUCGCACCUCUACGCAAUGCGCCAAUCUCUCACAUAACUGCUUUCCUGAUCCUCCACGAGCUCACGGCUGUCAUUCCUCUAUUCGGCCUCACUUUCGUGUUCCACAAGUUCGAUUGGCUACCGCCGUUCUUCUCCGAGGGAUACUAUGUGAAAGAGGGUGUUGCGAAGUUCGGAAGAUACUUCAGACGUAAAGGAUGGAUCAGAGAUGCUGAUGGGGAGGGAUUUGAGGACGAGAAGAACAGAAAGGGAUUUGCAAAGUGGUGGCCCAAGGGUGAAGAUGGUGUGAGAUUGCUGGUCGAGGUCGCGACUGCCUACGCUAUCACAAAAGCUUUGCUACCUUUGAGACUGGGAUUAAGUCUUUGGCUCACGCCGAACUUUGCAAAGAUAUCGACACUGCCGAUCAAGAAGUUCUUCAAAAGGAAGGUAGCGACAACUGCACCAAUUUCGAAAACUGCGGCAUCUCCUGUAGUAGGAACGAAUGCUGCUGGUGGAAAGGCUACGAAGUAA